AUGAGGCUUCUCAUACUCGCUUUGCUGGUGGCUGUCUGCGUGAGCGCCGACUUGUUGGACCUCAAAAAGACGCUUGCGGUCGGAAGCCUCAAGGGUCUAAUCAAAGAAAAAGUGACAUCCAAGAUAAAAAAGACAAUGGAUCGCAUCAAGGAGGUUUUCAAUGGUAACAUGCUCGAAUUCCGGAAAAAGUUGAGCGGAUACAAAGACGCAAUUUUGAAGAAGCUUACUCUGAGCCCAGAGCAAAGAAAGGAGCUUGUGGAAAGGCUGAAGAUGUUCAAAAGGAAAACUAUCGAUCAAGUCUCACCAGCUGGGGACUCCAUUGAAGAGAUCAACUUGAGAAGUCAAAUUGCAGGAGCACUCUUCCAGGGAGAUAUGGUUCCUUUCGAAAUCGGAACCGCUGCCCACGAGCUGGGUCAUGCCCUUGGAUUCUUCCACACGCACUCGCGACAUGAUCGCGAUCGGUUCAUCACAGUUGACAAAGAAAAUAUCAAGAUCGGAACCGCUGCCCACGAGCUGGGUCAUGCCCUUGGAUUCUUCCACACGCACUCGCGACAUGAUCGCGAUCGGUUCAUCACAGUUGACAAAGAAAAUAUCAAGCCUGACUGGCUAGACCAAUUCACACUGGAGACGCCGGCAACCAAUAACAAUUAUGAUUUGACAUAUGACUACGGUAGCCUGAUGCACUACGGAGCCACAAGCGCUACCAGAAACAAGCUGCCUACCAUGGUGCCAAAGGACGUGCAAUAUACACAGACCUUGGGAUCUCCUUUCAUUUCGUUCUACGAUCUUCUCAUGCUCAACACACACUACAACUGCACUGACGCUUGCAAAGGUAAAUACACGCGGUGCCAGAAUCACGGAUUCGCUCAUCCUCGUGAUUGUUCCAGAUGUAUCUGUCCUAGCGGAUACGGUGGCCAGUUCUGCGAGAAAAAGCCACAAGAUUGCGGUCGCGAAUUGUAUGCGACCAAAGAUUGGACACCGCUCGUCGACGACCUAGGCAAUCGGGACAGCCGGCGGUUUGCCGCGUGA